UACUUCUGAUCAUAUAUUGCAAGUUGCAACUGACAGGGUUACAUGUACUUCUGAUCAUAUAUUGCAAGUUGCAACUGACAGGGUUACAUGUACUUCUGAUCAUAUAUUGCAAGUUGCAACUGACAGGGUUACAUGUACUUCUGACUAUAUAUUGCAACUUGCAACUGACAGGGUUACAUGUACUUCUGAAUAUAUAUUGCAAGCUGCAACUGACAGGGUUACAUGUACUUCUGACUAUAUGUUGCAAUUUGUAACUGACAAGGUUACAUGUACUUCUGACUAUAAAUUGCAAGUUGCAACUGACAGGGUUACAUGUACUUCUGACUAUAUAUUGCAAGUUGCAACUGACAGGGUUACAUGUACUUCUGAAUAUAUGUUGCGAGUUGCA